AUGCGAACUUCGCCUAACAUUAUUAUAACUGGUACGCCAGGCGUUGGCAAAACAGUCCACAGCGAGCAAGUCGCGGAAGAGACAGGAUUGAAAUAUUUGUCGAUCAAUCAGAUUGCCAAGGAACGAGAGUGUUAUGAUGGCUAUGAUGAGGAGCGACAAAGCUGGAUCAUUGAUGAAGACAAGUUGCUAGAUGCUAUCGAGGAUGAAGUGACCGAGGGUGGAUAUAUCAUCGACUGGCACGCAUGCGAUUUAUUUCCCAGAUCCUGGAUCGACUUGGUGGUAGUUCUGCGAUGCCCUUCUACCUCUAUUUUCUACGACCGUUUAUCAUCGAGAGGAUAUCCUCAAAAAAAGCUUGAGGAGAACUUGGAUACUGAAAUCUUUGGACUGCUACUCGAAGAGGCCAAAGAAGCCUACGACGAAGAGAUCGUGAUUGAACUAAAUAGCGAAAACAGCGACGAAAUAGAAAGCAAUUGCGCUAGGAUCGCAGCCUGGGUCGAGUCUUGGAAGAAGUCACACGCAGAAACCACAACUUCCUGGGGAAAUGCUGUUCAAUAG